AAAGGACACGAAGGGUACAGGGUGCAAGGGCUAAUGUUCUAGUUUACAUUUACAUUAACAUGUAGUCUAGAUAGUUUAUCAUCAUUGUUCUUUAAUUUAUAUAAUAAACUACGAAACUAUAAAUGUGUACAUAUAUGAAAUACCUGCUAGCUUAAUUGUUUCAUGUAAGACGAAGUAUAAUGUGUGUGUGUGUGUGUGUGUGUGUCCCUGGGAUCAGGACAGAGCCGGGGGUGCGGAGGUGGAGGAGGGUUGGGAGGUGAAACAGGACAGCUGUAGCUCACACACACACACACAGCAUAGCUAGUGUGUGAACAUGGCUGAUAUCUCUGAGAGGACACUGCAGGUCGCCAUUAUAUUGUCCUUUGCUGCUGGCUUCAUGGCCGGCUGGCAGGCGAACCGAGCGCGCCGGAAGUUCCUGGACUGGAGGAAGAAGCGUCUGCAGGACAAACUGACGGAGACGCAAAAGAAGUUGGACCUUUCCUGAGGACACCCAGGACAGAGACAGGUCUCCUGAAGCCAGUGACUCAGUGACCUCUGAUCUUGGAGCCUGACCUGAUCUCCAGAUACUGAGAUGUUCUGCAGAGUUUGUCCUUACAUCAUAAUGAGAAACACAAACAUGUCCACUGAGACGCUACAGACUUUUUACAAACACUUUACACUGAUUUUUAUUUGGAUAAAUGUCCUUCAUUAUGAAUGUUUUUUGUUAUAAGCUCAUUGUCACGGAUUAACUCACACCCUUCUGGCUGAUAUAGAAUUUGACCUGGAUCUUCUACAUGUUAUAUUAAUCAAUACUUUUUAUAGACUGUAUGGAUUCUGAUCAUGUCAAUAUAUAAACCUCUAUAUUUUCUAUCCAUAUAUUAUAUACAUGUUCUAAUGUCAACUUGUAGGCCAAAGAUCAAUGCUGGAGGAAGCUGAAAUACAAAUAAAAGUAAUAAAUAAAUAAAA